AGAACAGCAGCAGCUUUCCAGUUGUCACUAGGAAGACCCUGCUGUCAGCUACAGCUCACCCGUUUUCUGCCAGUGCAGUACUGGGGAUGGAGAGCCCUUCUGCUUCGGAGGCCAAGAUGAAGCAGUUCAAUGGCGGUGGCGGGGCCGGGUUGGACGCCGAGCGCGGUCGCUUCCCCUACUGCGUGGUGUGGACCCCCAUCCCCGUCCUGACAUGGCUCUUCCCGAUCAUUGGCCACAUGGGUAUCUGCACGUCGACUGGAGUCAUUCGGGACUUCGCGGGGCCCUACUUUGUCUCAGAAGACAACAUGGCAUUUGGGAAGCCAGUGAAGUACUGGAAACUGGAUCCCAGCAAAGUAUACUCCACCGGUCCCAAUGCUUGGGACACGGCCGUACACGAUGCCUCGGAGGAGUACAAGCACAGAAUGCACAACCUUUGCUGUGAUAACUGCCAUUCUCACGUGGCUCUGGCCUUAAACUUGAUGAGAUACGAUAACAGCACCUCCUGGAACAUGGUGAAACUCUGCUUCUUCUCACUCCUGUAUGGGAAGUAUGUAAGCAUAGGGGGAUUUGUGAAGACCUGGCUUCCCUUUGUCCUCUUCUUGGGGGUGAUCGUGACCAUCGUUCUCACACUUCAUUUGCGGUGAUGGCAGCUGUGAACUCCCCAUUCCAUGGGCACACGAAGGAAGAAACUGUGACUGAUCCAGCGAGAUGGAGGCAUGGGACUCUGGGAGGCAUUUUCCAGGGAAGGUGGCUACUCCACUCCAUUGUAACAGCUCAUCUUUGUUUCCUGGAACUGGCUUCUUUUCCUUCUGGGUUUUUUCUUUUUUUUUUUUUUUUUCCUCUGUUGAUGACGUCUCCCAGUGUCAGGCGUCCUGAAGCCUCCUGCUCUCUCCCUGAAUAUGCUCCCUUUCUGCAAUUUGGUAGGUAGAAACGCAAUCAGGAAAGGAGAGCCGUGGGCACCUUUGCUUUCAGUGCCAAGUACAAAGCCGCAAGGCAAACCCUGCCUCCUGGUUCAGGAGCACAAGCAGAUACACCUUGUAAGGUUCUCUCUGAUCACCUGGUUUCUUCCUCUUGGCAGACUUCAUCAGAUGCUUCCUCAGAUUUCCUGAGUCUCUGAGAAGGAGCUGUUGUUUCCCUGUUGCGCGACUCUCCUGUAGCACAUGUUUCAAAGUGGAGGUGUGGGGUUCCUCCUGAGGGUGUAGAGUGCCGCAGCACUCGCUGACGGUCUCCCCAGUAGUGACAGAAAGGUGUUGACGGCGGGACACUCCUGAGGAGACGCGCAGAGGAACGCUCUGUGGCAGGGCAAAUUCAUCUGGUCCUGCUGGUGAGCCCAGAAAGGCAGGAAAGUCGAUCGACUGGCUUGGGUAUGGCUCAUGGCAGUCUGCACACUUUCAAUAGCCUGUUGCAGAGUUGGGAGUCUACUCCUGAGUCCCUUUUAGCUCGUGCCAGAGAAAAUAUAGCCUCCUUGCUUCUCCCUGUGCUCUGAAUAUCUAAAAUUGCCGUUACACUUCUCGUGAGCCACUUACUUUCCUUUGAUCCCUAGUACUUUGUGUGUCGCAGCAUACCUGAGCCUGCAGAGGUGGUGGUAGCAGCAGGUACAUGUUUCUGGGGCAGAAGGCUUAACGUAGGGUUUUGAAAGCAUCCAUGAGAGCAGCACCUGAGACCUGAGCUUCGUGGGGCCAUCAGAGAUUAAAAGAAAAGGUGAAGGGGCUGGAAAGCAUCCACGUUCUGGUUGGGCUUUGCAGCAGCAAACUGGGGCACUGGCUUCCUUGCGGCUGGUUCCAGGCUGGUGAACAAGAAGGUCUGUUUACUUCCUUGGCGUGCUUUGGAGAGCACACCUGGGGUAAAAGCGCUUUGCAGGACUGGCUUGGAUGUGAGAAACGCUGGUCUGGCGGCGUUGCGGGGCUGGUGGCCCUUUUGAGCCCUGGAUCGGGCAGGACGGGUAGUAGGGGGGGAGGUUGUUCUUGAGUGCUAGGCGGGAAGUGAAUUUGGACGUGUCCCAGAGCCGCUUCCAGGGCGAGAGGUCCAGGUCUGUGUUUGCUGAGGCUCUGGCCUGCACAUGUUGCUUUCUGUGGGGCUCUGAGCCGGGUGGCUUUUUACAAAAAAGCGUGGCUGAAGGGUUGUGUGCAGUUGAGCAGAUCCCCUCUGACUGCAGAGGAAGGAGAAUAGCUUUUUCACUCACGCCUUGAAAGGCCAGCUCUUUACUCCACUACCUGAUGGAUUUCAACCUCAAGGAGUGCUCGUGGCCAACAAGAAAGCUCUUCUCCACUGCCUGCCGUCCCUGUGGCUUCCUCUGACUGGGAAGCCCGUUCACCGUCACCCUGCUGGCCCUCAGACCUGUCCCCAUGUGCCUCCUCAUCUGCUUCCAUCUCCCCGACUCCUCUAGCCACAUGGGAGGGUUGGGGGCUCCUCUGGGGCCCCUCGAUUUCUGCAUUUCCUCCUCUUCCUCAGUCACUUUUAGAUAACCCCUUUCACCUCUCCCUUCUCCCUAGCAUCCAGUUGUCCCUCUGUCAUCUGGUGCUGGCUUUUCUGGGGUGGGUGGAGGUGUGCAGACCUCGGCGCCCUUCCCCGUCUACCUGGAACUGAAAUAGUCGUCGGUGUCUGCUCUGUACAGUCAUUUCAAGCCUGCGUGGAGAGCGGGCUGGAGGGUGCUGAGCCUGGGGCUGAUUAGAAAGCCCAGAUCUUGAUCAAAGAGAACCUUACGAUGAAAGGACGGUGUCUUACCGAGCUACCCUGUGUCGCUGCGGUCUCCACCCAGCGAGCCUGCUGGCUAACGUGCCCUAGGACAAGCCAGUUGAACAGGAGAGAUUAGUCCUUUGCCUCUGUUUUUAAUUUAAGUAUGAUUUCUCAGAUUGACCCGCCAAGGAUGCGCUCCGAGUCCCUGGCCCCAGGGCUGAAGCCAACCUGUCUUACGCAGUAGCAAUAACCUAGAGACUCUUAGGCCUGUCUCACACGUUGAUUCGGUGUUUUAUCGAUAAGCUAUACAAGCGUUGCCAAAGCUGAGACUUCGAGUUGUCGGGGGAGGCCGGGAGCGGGGCUGCUGGCCACAGUCCCUGCUCCUGGGACUUCUGAAAACAUGUUGAGUGCCAUUCCCCACCGUGAAAAUCCUUGUCGUUUGCUCCUAACGCUUUUUACCAGAUCUGGGUUUCGAAUGGAGACUUAUCGAGCAGCAGCAAAUGGGCCUCGCGGUGGGUUGGAGCGCUGGCUGCCGGGGAAGGAAGCGGCGCUUCGCCCAAGUCCUGGCUGAACAGCCGACUCUCUUCCACCGACGGAGAUGGAGGAUGGCUCCGGGCAUCCGAAGGAAACGUGGCUAACGGGAGAGCGAGGCCCAAAGCUGAGGUACCGCAGAGCCAGCCCGCACAUCCGUGCUGGGCACUCAAAGCUGUCUGUACUCGCACGAUGAAGGAUGGUGCCCGCAGAGGUCGGGUGCCGGCAGAGGCGGGUGGGCUGGUCGGAUUUAGGGUUUUCCUACGCUGCGGUAGUGUCAGCCCAGCGCUGCGGGAGUGCCGAGAAACCCCGGCGGUGCUCGGCACGGGUUCCCAGCAGCGCUGCAGCCAGCGGCUGCGGUUGUGUGGGGAGCGGGCUGCUUCCUCUUGGCGUGGGAGGUGG